GGCACCACAGCAUACAUCUUGACCACACAGCGCCAGCACGCACGGAUUUCUACAGGGUGCGAUAAAUGUCUACCAUUACGAGAUUAUGACAUGUUAAGGAACAAGUUUCUGUACAGUAUCUGUCUUUUUAUGAUACAUCUAACAUGCGCUCAGGUGGAAAACUCAGCCAGAUUACAAAACGUAUCUAUGACUAUCAAGAAAUUAUUGGAUGGAUACGACAUCCGCCUUAGACCUUCGUUUGGAGGUGAUUCUUUGCAUGUUGGGAUGGACAUUGUUAUCGCCAGCUUCGAUAGCAUAUCAGAAGUUAAUAUGGAUUAUACUAUAACUUUAUACCUAAAUCAGUACUGGAGAGACGAAAGACUUCAGUUCUCAAACGCGGAUGAAUACAUGACCCUUACUGGGGACUUUGCAGAGAAGAUUUGGGUCCCUGAUACGUUUUUCGCCAACGACAAAAACUCGUUCUUGCACGAAGUAACAGAGAAAAACAAAAUGGUCCGACUCUAUGGAGAUGGUUCUAUAGCCUAUGGAAUGAGAUUUACGACAACUUUAGCUUGCAUGAUGGAUUUACAUUACUAUCCACUGGACGAGCAGAACUGUACCAUAGAGAUGGAAAGCUAUGGUUACGCUAUGCAGGACGUAGUGAUGUAUUGGAAAGCGGGGAAGGACUCCGUUAAAGGCGUAGAACACGUGGAGCUCCCCCAGUUCUCCAUUGUAGAGUACAGAACCAUUAGCACGGUGCAGUAUCUUGCCACGGGCGAUUAUCAACGAUUAUCGCUCAGCUUCCUUCUACAAAGAAAUAUUGGCUACUUCAUUUUCCAAACCUAUCUCCCCUCCAUCCUUAUUGUGAUGCUGUCCUGGGUCUCUUUCUGGAUCAACCACGAGGCCACCUCAGCGAGAGUUGCAUUAGGCAUCACGACGGUGCUCACCAUGACCACUAUCAGUACUGGCGUACGGUCUUCCCUCCCUCGUAUAUCCUACGUCAAAGCAAUAGACAUCUACCUGGUCAUGUGUUUUGUCUUUGUGUUCGCUGCACUGCUUGAGUACGCAGCCGUAAACUAUACGUAUUGGGGGGCCAGGGCCAAAAAGAAAGCCAAGAAGGCCAAGCAGGAGCAGGAACUUCAGCAGCAAAAAGUCAAUGGCUUUCGGACCAGCGCCGAUGAGGAUGAAUCUAUAGAAAUGCAAGAUCCAAGAAUGUCCCCUAUACUAAGUCUUAGAAACAGACAGAGCUGUUGUUAUGAAAACGAACAAACAAUGUCGACAGCACCCGUACGAAUGACUACGUGCUUACCACGUGGAUCCUACGGUUAUCAAGGACGAGUUCAAAGGCAGAGCAGCGCACGACGGAGAACAAGUUCCAUAAGGAGCAGUUUUAAAAGCGGAAAACGCAUUGUGACAGGCAUCAGGGAGAAAGCUAAAACUAUAACAAAGAAAGUACCAACGGUCAAAGACGUCAAUAACAUUGAUAAAUAUUCACGGCUUGUGUUUCCGACUCUUUUCCUCAUUUUUAAUGUUGGUUACUGGUGCUUUUAUCUGUUGGCUUGAGACAGGGUGUUCAUUACAUCCCACACUGCGCAGGCGCAUCAAAUUGGCAAUAUGGAUGCAGAUUUAUAGAUGAUGUAA